AUGCCGAAGCCUUCAACGCCUAGACAGGCGAGUUCGGCCAUUGAGCCCACACGAUCGUACCGGUCGCAAAAACGCCAUCGGCCAUGCGAUCGAUGCCGUGAGAUGAAGCUGAAGUGCCAGAGGGACGAACAUCCUCCUUGUCGACGUUGUCAACAGAGCAAAGUUGAAUGCACAUUCGUCGGCAGACCGAGCAAGAGAGCACCGGCCCAAAAGUCGGACAGGCAAAGGGCGACCACAAACGAAUCGCCCCCGUCGUCUUCGGCCGAGAUCCAGGCCUCUGUCAUUGCUGUUGACGAGACUCAUCCAGCGCCUCAAUCCCCUUCGCGGGCUUCAACUAUUGGGCCAGAAACCUACCCUCGUCAAGACGCCCCAUACACUCCGUUCCCUCACGCCUUGACGGCUUCUCCCUUCGUUGGUGCGCAGCCAGGGCAUCCCACAACGCAGAUCUCCCAGAGCCUCGAUCUAAUGGAAGGCCACAGCGCAAUGCUUCUUGGCAGUUCUUCGGGGUCGGAUCCCUGGCUUCUUAGGCAUUUCCGCUUCGACGAGCUCGGGUUGAGAAGUUUCCAUAAGCUACAUAUCCGAAACGCUGGCGGCGUUCCCACAGUCGACAAGAUUCCGGUGCAUUUCCUGCUCAGCUCGGAUUCGCUUGCAGGAGCGGUUCAGCCACGCUCGACGGACUCGCGACAGAAACUCGAUUUGUUGGUGCCACAGUCCAUGGGAGGACGUCUGGUUCGUCUCUUCCACAAACACGUAUUUUCAAUGUUGCCAGUGAUAUCGAGGACCGGUCUUGCUCUGGUCUCGGAAGAUACAAUCCCCGACUUAAACGUAUUGACGGCAAUGCCAACUCAUCUUUUAGCUGCUAUAUACGGCACGGCCCUUCCAUUUGCGAUGCACGAUGACCAACUUGCGCCUCUUCUUGCCUAUGACCGUGUAAUACUGGAUGGUAUAUGGGAUCUAGAGCACAGUUGCUUGCAGGAAGAAAUGGCCAGACCCCAUCUUUCAGUUCUUCAAGCAGCCCUCCUAUAUCUACAUAAGAAGAACGAAGACCAACGAAGAGAUGCCGUGACGGACACCGCCUCCGUGUGGCCAUUUAUGGGUACGGUAGCUGGUCUGGCACAUAACUUGGGUCUUCAGCUGGAAUGUCGAAUGAUGGGUCUACCGGCGCAGGAGAAGCGACUCCGAAGAAGGUUAUGGUGGAUGGUGUACAUCCAAGACAAAUUUCUUUCACUCCUGGUAGGCCGGCCGCCAUACAUUCGGAAAGAGGAAUGGGAUGUGAGCGAAUUAGACGAGUUCGACUUUGCACCCUACGGUGAGAUCGAGACCUCAUCAGCACGAAAUGCAUACCCGUUUCGAGACAUGGCGAGGCUGGCGCGUGUAGCAGAAACAUUACAGGCCGAUUUAUACUCUCUCAAGUCAUGUCAGAAGCUGGCCGAAAACCUACCGGGUUCUAUCCAAGCAGCUCGGCCCGUGUUCGACGCUCUUCACGCGUGGCGGGCCACCAUUCCAGCACCAGAGCCCUAUCACGCACGCCAAGAAGUAGGCACCGGCAGCUCGGAUUCGUAUAAUGCUUGUGUAUAUCUCGCAUACUUGACUCUCAUAGCGUACACGUGGAGAGCUUUGCUGCGUCCUGCCGUUCGGUCCCCUCCACCGCCGCAAAUCAUCGAUGUGGACGCCGAGCCGCAGAUGUUUCCCGACACUGGUUUCCUGUUUGAGGACCUCAGCUGGGACUUUUCGGAACUGCCAGAGAUUGAACUACAACUCGAGGACGGUGCCACCGACUCGAGCGCCACGAUAAAGGAGCUUCACCAGGCGGCUCAAAGUUGGGCAGAGAGCUUAGUCCAGUUCAUCGAGCGAUUAUCUUCCAGUCAUAUUAGCGGAUUUUGGUAUUCGUGGUCCAAGUAUGCCUUUGUAGUAGCAUCCAACCUCCUUAUGUUGUUGCUUGUCCAGGCCCCCAGCUCAGAAAGUGGCAGCAGGGCUAAGCAAGUAUUGGAGCACUGGCGCCUGGUACUGAGAAACCAGAGUACGGUUUCCUCGCUUUUCCUACUUGCGUCCACGCAACUAAGUCAAAUUUAUGGGGUUGGACUUAGCCAGACGUUUUGUUUGCCGCUGCAUGUCCAAGAUAUACUUUAA